GGGCGCAGUUCUCAGCAUCUGUGAGGUGACCGGCCUGUGCCUCCUCACCUUGCGGGUCAUGCCGUCCGUUACCCCGGCUCUCAGCGUGGUCCUCUCCAACGGGAUCCUCUUCGUGCCAAUUGUCAGCCACACAGCCCAAAAUAUAACCGUCCUAUGGAAGCAGAAAAAGAAACGACACUGCCGACGUAUUUCUCGUCUUGUUACGUGCGUGUUCUGUGUUCUGGCUUGUGGGGGACUUGUCGGUGUUUGGUGUUACUUUAGAAAGCAGAAAUACGUGGAAGAAACUGUCGUUUCGCUACUGCUUCUGUCCACAGCUUGGGCUCCAAAGCUUCAAGAGUAUCAGACCGAAUGCCUUCGCGCGUCCAAAUCGUCAAAACCGGACCAUGAUAACUCAAGAUGGAAGGUAGGGAUCUUAAACAAUCUAGUAAAACUUGUGUCUGCCCUUGUGAUACCUGACCUAUUGACGUAUGUUGGACUAACGGAUAUGUGCUCUACCUGGGUUUGGAUCAAGCCAAACCUCUAUGCACACUUCACGAUUGACCACCCGGCUAUGGUCAGUUUUAUCGUGAACGUGACCGCUAGCUUCGCGGGGUACAUCCUGGCAUGGACCGCCUGUGCUUUACGCAUGGGCUUCUUCGGAUUCGCCCUGCCGGCUUUUCUAAGCACUGUGGUUACAGGAAUCAUAUUCGUCAAACCAAUAUGUUCUACCAUGAAUUUCAUCCAUCCCGACACCUGCUUAAUGUUUGAGGGUGAGGACUUCGCGUGGGACGUCGGGGUCGGUCUGGGCUUGCUGCUGGUCCAGUUCUUCACCACCACAUGGUUCGUCAUGAGGAGCCCAACUAUCGUCAUGGAACGGGAAGCACAGCUGUUUUGGCUGCCGGGAUACAACAGCGUGUUCCCCGCCCAGUGGAUGCUGUUGAGCCGUAAGAACAGGAACACGAAGGGGGAGGACUUCACCACACGGAAGAAGACCAAACAGAACACGCACGUCUACAUCUGCACUACAAUGUACCACGAGGCUGAAUAUGAGAUGGAGCAGCUCCUAACAUCAUUACGGGGUGUAGCGGAGAGUCAGGUGGGAGAGCGGACCUUCGAGUCUCACAUCUUCUUCGACGGAGGCUGUAAGCAGGGUCAGCCGUCACAGUGGGCUCUGCAGCUGCUGUCACUCAUGGAUCACACCCUGAAGGACGGCAACAGCAAGGAAAGCAUCAUUAGCCAGUGUACGAAGUACGAGACUCCCUACGGGCUGCAGCUGCACUGGGACCUGCACUAUGGCAACGGGGAGACCGAGAGCGGCAUGAGCUUCAAUAUUCAUCUCAAGGACAACACACUGGUGAAGAACAAGAAAAGAUGGAGCCAGGUGAUGUACAUGUCUUACGUCUUAGACUAUGCAGUGUACUUCAGCCCGAUCGGAGUUGAGUCCAAGGCGAUACCAGACACCGAUAUGAAGACCAACCCUGUACUGGGCCAGGACAGCUUUAACGGACCACACAGAGCCAGGCUCCACAUGAAACGGGAUGCUAACGGUGGGGGCGGGUGGACAGCCGAGGAGUUUAAUGAUUAUCAGUACCUACAGAUAGAUCUGGGAGAAGAGAUGGUGUUCACAGGAGUUAUAACACAGGGUAAGGCAGGCACGAACGAGUGGGUAACCAAGUACCGGCUGUUGUACAUCGACGACGGCGAGCAGUGGCAGUACUACAGGGACAACUCAGGGCAGCCCGUGGAGUUUGCGGGGAACCGUGACGCUGAUACUCCCGUACGUCAGCUGCUGGAUAAGCCAAUCACAACCCGUUUCGUCAGGUUCAACCCCGUCCAAUGGGCCAAUCGGAUCAGCAUGAGAGUGGAGGUGCUGGGAUACUCCGCAGCUGACAAAGACCGGGACAAGUUCAUGCUCGCGACCGACGCAGACGUCAAGUUCUCGCCCCAGUCUGCUAAAGCCCUGCUGGACAUCAUGACACGUGACCCUAACGUGGGUGCCGUGUGCGCGCGGACUCACCCCCUGGGGUCAGGACCCUUGGUCUGGUACCAGAUGUUUGACUACGCCGUGGGACAUUGGUUUCAGAAGGUGGCAAAUAGUGUGCUAGGUACAGUCCUCUGUUGCCCAGGAUGCUUCAGUGUGUACCGAGCGAAGGCCGUCAGAGACGCGUUACCGACCUACGCCACCAAGGUCACCAAAGCUGAGGAGUUCCUUACCAAGGACAUGGGAGAAGAUCGCUGGUUCUGUACACUUCUGGUAGAGAAGGGCUGGCGGCUGGAGUACACGGCAGUGUCCGAGGACAGCACCUACUGUCCGGAGGAGUUUGACGAGUUCUUCAACCAGAGGAGACGGUGGAUCCCCUCAACUGUCGCGAACCAGCUGGAACUGCUGCGGAAAUGGGCGAACGGGCAGAUGAUCAACGACUACAUCUCCAGACUCUUCAUCUUGUAUCAGGGAUUCCUGUUGUUCUCUACCAUGAUUGGACCUUCUACUGUUAUCCUUAUCAUAGCUGCUGGGCUGGAGCUGGUGGUUGGUAACAUCGGAGGCAGUAUCAUCCCUACAGUUGUCAUUCUGUUCCUGGUGUUCGUGGCGUACGCGUUACUCUGUGUCUAUACAACACAGGAAACUCAGCUAAAGUGGGCCAAGAUCCUGACGAUGCUGUUUGGCGUUCAACUUGUAUUUUUUAAUGUUCACAGCUGCCUGGAGUGUCUGAGUUCAUAUUGUGACGAUUGCAAGAUGCUGGACUGCACACCACCGCUAGACUGGACACCGGGGAACGUGACAACGUGGAUCUCGGAGUGUAUUUCCGACUUGGGGACAUUUGCUACCAACAUAUCUAAACAUUUUGGGAGAUACGAUGGAUUCCAGCUGUCUUUGGCAACAAAAAACGAGAUGUGUGAUGAGUUUGACGGUCCAAACGGCAACCAUCAGAUGGAGAGGGACUGUGUGAUCAUUUACACACAAUUCCAGGACAAGAUACAGAAUGCCGAGAAUGCCCCCACCCCCUCUGCCCCUCCAACCAUCCUCCAGCAGCUGCCCCUCCCCAUCAGCGUCAUCUAUUUUCUGGGCCUGGCCGUGCUUUACGUCAUCACCGCCCUGCUACACCCGUCAGAGUUCAUGACCCUGGUGUACGGCUUCGUGUAUCUCCUGAGUCUGCCGUCUGGGUACAUCCUUCUCAUCAUCUACAGCGUCUGUAACAUGACGGAUAGGUCCUGGGGGUCUGCUUGA